CACCAACGUUUGGUUAGCAAUAGCCUGCUAGCAUACCCCGAGUCAAGCAUCAAUUGUUCAGUUGAGUUGCAUGGGCCAUUUAUUAUGGGGUUAACGUUGCCGCUUGCGUAGCUACACCAUUGUGCUCACUUUAUAUCUGUCGUCUUUUUUGUUUUCAUCCGACGCGUUCUACUUAGAGGAUGUUGGCGAAAAACUUCAUCAGUGUCCUUCGAAAUGACCCAACCAUUUAAAUGAUUAUAUUUAUAAUAAUUCCGGCAAUUAAUAGCAGAGUUAAAUUGUUUGUCUUGUGUUCUGAUUUUUCCCAGUGAGCGUCACGUACCUAGCUUUGUUGCUAACAGACUAGCAUGUCUGCUAGGCCCUUUGUGAGUCAGGAUCAAGCAGUUAUUAAUAUGGACACCACCAUAACGGGAAGGUUAACAUUACCUAUCGAAUAGAGCACACGCGCGGUUAUGGGAUAUGCUGAAAUGGUGGGCUCUUACUGCUUCACAAUUCUGGAUGAGCGUGGUGGCCUCCUGUUGAAGUGAAUCCAGCAGCACCAGCACCCACCAGCCAGCCGGCAGACCCACCUCAACCCUGCACCCCACCCCAGCAUUAGGCUUCUCCGCUCGGCCCGGCCACCAUGAGCCUGAUGCAGGAUAAGCUGGGCGGGGAGUUCCUGCGGCCCAACGGCAGCAUGGACGGAGGCUUCAGCACCAGCAUGCUCAUGUUCAGCCACCUGCCCCCCGUCACCAGCUUCACGCGGCUGGCCGCCCAGUCCGUCAUGGCCGACCUGCCCCCGCAGGAGAUGAUGAGCCUGAAGAAGGAGAGGGAGUCGCCCGACUGCGGCGGUGGCGGCGGGGGAAUGAGUCUCAUCGGGGGCAUGGGUGGCGGCGGUGGUAACAUGGGCAUGGGUGGCAUCGGAGGAGGCCUGGGUGGCAUCAUGGGUGGAGUGGGCGACUAUGUGCACGCCAUGGGCAUCAAGCAGGAGAAGGUUCCAGAACACGACUACCGGCUGCCUCUCUACCCAGGAGGAGGAGGAGGAGGAGGAGGACUGAUGUCAGGAGGAGGAGGAGGGGGCAUUAACGUCGUGGGCCACAAUGGCAGCAUGGGCCAGAGGAAUGGAGCCGACAUGGUGGAGGUGUCCCUGGGAAGCCACCAGAACCUCAUGGUGCACGACCUCAGCAUGGGCAAUCAGCUAUCGGGCCGGUUGGGGAAAGAAUCCACAGGAGGGAAGGGUCGCAAGUCAAAUGGCGAUGGAACAGAAGGGAAACCUCGUCGAAAGCGUGGCGAGGCAAAGCAGCAGGCCUUGAUGCUGGACCCAGACGGCGAGGCCUUGUCUCCCAACUCCAAGCCCCACAUCUGUGAACACUGCAACGCAGCCUUCCGCAGCUCCUACCACCUGCGCAGACAUGUGCUCAUACACACAGGUGAGAGGCCCUUCAGAUGCAGCCAGUGCAACAUGAGCUUCAUCCAGAAGUACCUCCUGCAGCGGCACGAGAAGAUACACAGCGGAGAGAAGCCGUUCAGCUGUGACCAGUGCAACAUGCGCUUCAUUCAGAAGUACCACAUGGAGAGACACAAGCGCACUCACAGCGGAGAGAAGCCAUACAAGUGUGACACGUGCCAGCAGUAUUUUUCCCGCACGGACCGGUUGCUGAAACACAAGCGCACGUGCGGAGAAGCCAUAGGGAAGAAGGGCGCUGAGGGGGAAGAAGGCCUGCUGGAGGUGGCGGGGCUGGCCGACGACGGCCAAUUGACGGGCAGCUACUCACUACUCACUCAGGGAAACGGCCCCGCGCCGGGCCCAGGCCGCAAGCGCGCCAAGGCCAAGGGGGAGGGCGGGGAGCGCAAGCGGAAGAAACAGGGAGGCGCGGCGGGAGGGGUGACGUCGGCGGCUAUGGGAGCGCCUCAGGACGAGGCGGCAGCGUACGGCCUGCACUGCGGCAGCUACUCGCUAGACAAGCACGAGCCCGGCCCCAGCAUGCACCACACGGAACACGGGCGGGGACCCAAGAUGGCCUACAAGAAGGGCGGGAAGAGCAAGGGCCUGGAGAAAGGUGGAGGUGGUGGCAGUGGCUGUGUUGAUGCCAAGCAAGGUGGUGUGGACAGCGGGAUGGGUCUUCUUCAGACUCCGGGUGGUGCAAAUGUCAAAACGGGAAACAGCAGCAACUACGACGACGCCAUGCAGUUCCUGAAGAAGCGGCGCUACCUUCCCGCCGCCUCCAGCAACGGCGUCUCUUCCGGGGUGUCCGUGUCGGGGGUGGUGGGUGGCGUCUCGACCGGCACUGGUGGUGCUACUACCAGCACCGUGGACUACGACUUGGGUGUGGUGGGCCACCUGGGCAUGCAGGGCUCCGUCGGCGUGAUGGACACUGACGGUCCCCUGGGCGCCCUCCUGGUGGACCCCUCGCCUCUCCUGGUGGACCUCAAGCACGACAGCAAGACCUCCAUCCCCGACGAGGUCCUCCAGAGCCUGCUGGAACACUACACCCACAAGUCCGACUUUGACCUCUCGGACACGCACCAUCACAACCCCCACCACGGCCACCACCAACACCCGCACCACCACCACCACCACCACGUGGAUCUCCAACACCCUGACGGAUCGGGGCCCCUGGGGCCAGAGGAUGACCCUCCGAGCCCUGGGGGUGGCAGCGGAGGAGACAAAACGGUGAUGAUGCACGAGUAUUCGCGGUUCCUGCUGCAGGCUCUGGAGAGGACCAGCGGCCACCACGGCGGUGGAGGUGGUUUCCCGGGGUCCACGCUGGGACCUUCGCCCUCGUCAGCCUCCUCCUCCCCCUCGGUCACGGGCCCCUUCUCGGGCUCGCUCUACUCCUCCUCCUCCGACAAGCACGUGGUGUACGCCUCCUCGCCGCUGGAGUGCGGCAGCUUCGGUCCAACGGGGGCCCCGUCCCCGGCCGCCUCGUCCCCCUCGCUCUCCUCCACCUCGUCCGUGCCAAAGUCCCACUUCAGCCUGCUGUCGGGCUCGCCGCCGCCCUCCCAGCAUGCCUUUCACCUGGGCGGCCUGGAGCCCGUGCUGGUGGCCCAGCAGCUGACUCCUUCACAGGAGCUGACGGAGCAGCUGGACAAGCCUCCGCACUCCUCCUCCUCCACGGGCGCCGCCUCUUCCUCCUCACCGCCCGCUCCGCACACCCCCUCCCCAGCCCCCGCUUCCUCCUCUUCCACCUCCUCCAGCAACGCUAAGAACGGGGCCAGCUACCCGCUCACGCCCUCCCAGGACCUGGCCUCCCUGGACGGGGGCAAGUCGGCCUCCUCGCCCUACCAGAUAGAGAACUUUGCGGCAGCGUUUGGCUCGCAGUUCAAGGGCGGGGCUGGGCGCGGCGUGGGCGUGGGACUGGCCUCCUAUGGCACUGACUCAGGCGGGGUGGAGGUGGUGGAGCAGCACCACCGUGUCAGGACUCCCGUCUCCGAAUUCUCAGGGUAUACUAGUCUGUUAGCCGACGUCAGCGAGCCAGUGAGCACCGCUUCCAAAACCCCAACAAGCCAAAGUUACAGUUGAGAGUGCCACAAAAAAUGCAGGCAUUACUAGAAGAGUCAAGAGUCAUUGAUUCGCUGUUUGUUUGUUUUUUUUUCUCCCCUUGGCUUUUGUUGUUCUGUUUGUUGAUGUCAGUGUUGUAGUUUUUGUAGUUUGACUUUUUUGUCUUAUUACUAUGAUUUAUUUUGUAUUUAGUUCUUCUAUUUUAUUAUUAUUAUGUUUAAGUUUGUUUUUAAUUAUUAUUAUUACACUGCCAUUUAUGUUUGUAUGAAAUUUCACAUGGGAGAGAGCCUUCAAGGUAUCUCAACAAAUGCAAUUUAGUUUUUGUUUUUUUAGUGUGUUUGUUCUUUAAACUACAUAUUUUAGUUGGUUCUACCUUUCUUUGGCGUCUUUUGUAGGUUUAUUUUAGGCCUACUACAUUUACAAAAGAAAAAUUCAGUUUUUAAAAACGGAGAACAGAAUAAUAGAACUCCCCCGCUCCCCUCUCUCUCUCUUACCACGCGCACAGCUGUUUUAGCAAUCAGCAUUCUUACACACAGCUUACAACCAUGAGCUUAAGAUGGCAGGGACUGGCCAAGAACUGAACUAGCAAAAAAAAAAGAAAUAAAAGAAACAUAAAAAUAAACAAUAAUGAUAAAAAAAGAUUAAAAAAAAGUUGGAAAAACAAAGUUCAGAUAUUUGUCUGUUACAAAGGAUUCAAGUAUUACUCAGGAAAAAAUGCUUAAAAAUGGCGAAAAUGGCAGGAGAAUUUUCUAGCUGGACUUUUUUCGUCUCGAGCACUCGUGAAAUGAGACGGAUGUUUGGUAUCGUCGCUUAACAGGCCUUGACAAAACAGAAAAAAAAGAAAUGAGCAAUGAUCUUUAUUUUUAUACGCCUCCUGUGAUACACAUCACAUUGACAGAUCAAGAACGAGGAAGUGCCGCCUGCUCGAAAACACUGAUUACACUUUUUUCCACGUUAACUGUAUAGAGAUUAUGGUACGUUUUUUCUAUUUUAUUUUUCGUCCUUUUUCUUUUUCUCUCUUUUUCUCAUCUAUGUGAAAUAACUCGCAUUUCUUUCUCUCAAUAAGGGCCAUAUAUAUUUAUAAAGGUAUAUAUAUAAAUGUAUAAUGACAUGUAAUCUUU